AAAUUUUUACACAUCCAUUUGGUUGAAUAAUAAAUCCCUAUUCUCACGCAGAUUAUGUUCAAUUUCUUAACGGCAUCAUGUAUAGACUUUUGGAUUCUAUUCGUUGCUUUUAGAGCCAUAUCUUUCACGCGCGCCACCAUUUUUAUUGAUUCAAACGUACACAACGACUAUAAUCGGUCAGUUAAUCAAAACGAAAUAAAAUCGUUGAAUCACUACAACGUGGAUAAUGGAGAAAUUAAAAUUCAUAGAUUUCAUGAAUUACUAGGUCACAAUGGUCGAAUAUUUUUCCCUGGACAGAAUUCGUCUCCGAGAGAUCUACGCGUCAAGGUAUUCAGCAAGAGAAUUCAAAAAAUACGCAAGGUUCCCGGUGAAAAGAUUAAUUGGGAAAAUCAAAAUGGGCCAGAAGCUUUAGCGGAGAGAAAACUAGUAUUAUUGAGGCGAUAUAUGCUAGAAAGAAAAUUAGACGCUUAUAUUGUGCUUUCAACCGACGAACAUCAAAAUGAGUACGUGAAUGAAUUUGAUAAAAGAAGAGAAUUUAUAUCGGAAUUUACUGGUUCUGCAGGAACGGUAAUUGUUACUUUGGAUAAAGCGUUGUUAUGGACAGAUGGAAGAUAUCAUUUACAAGCUAGCCAGGAGCUUAAUUCGCAAAUAUGGACUCUUAUGAAAUCAGGUUUAGGAAAUACACUGAAUACGACAAAUUGGCUACGAACAAAUUUAAAAAAGGGUGAUACAAUAGGCGUGUAUGCUAAUGUCAUUUCUUAUAGUUUAUGGAAGAAUUACAGAGAUGAAUUGGAGCCAACUUUUAUCUUUCUUUUAGUGAGCGAAGACUUAGUCGAUUCGAUUUGGAAUACAUUAAAUAAAAAAGAAGCUAAUAAGAAUAAUAAGAUAUAUCUUCUGCCAGAGAAAAUAUCCGGUGAAAGUUGGGAAAAUAAAGUUGAAAGAGUGAGAAAACGUUCUAUAAACGAUAAUGGAGAUCAGCAAACGUGCGCAUUACUGAUUUCCGAACUGGAUGACAUAGCUUGGCUUUACAACUUAAGGGGCGACGACAUUCCAUACAAUCCAGUCUUUUUCGCUUAUAGUAUUAUCACGGACUCCUCCAUAUACUUGUUCAUAAACAAUAUCAAAUUACCACAGGAGGUCAGAGAUAAUUUACAGAGGCAUUGCGACGACGAGGACACAAAACUAUGCGUUAAAUUUCUAACUUAUGAUGAAGUUUACCAAUUCUUCCCACAACAUAUGAAUCAAUUCAAUAUAAUCAAGACACCAAAAUCAAUUAAUAUGAGAAUUUAUUCAUCAAUAGUAAUAUCACCCAAUGAGGAAAACAUAAAGAAAGCUUCACAGAACCUUGUAUUUUUGGAUUAUUCGCCGGUAAAGUGGAUGAAAAUUAUCAAAAACCCGAUCGAGAUUGAGGGAAUGAAGCAGGCCCAAUACAGAGAUUCGGCCGCUCUUAUAAACGCGAUAUCUUUCCUGGAAGAUGAAAUUGAAAAUGACAGAGAGUGGGACGAAAUAUCGAUAUUGCCUAUUUACGAAUAUUAUCGCAGCAAGCAAAAAUAUUUCAAGGGUUUAAGCUUCGAGCCGAUAUCCGCUGUAGGUCCCAAUUCUGCGGUUAUUCAUUAUUCGCCAAAAAUUGAGACCAAGAGAAUGAUAACUAAACAAGAAAUAUAUUUAUUAGACUCUGGGGCACAAUAUCUAGAUGGAACUACUGACGUUACCAGAACAUUUCAUUUUGGUUCUCCGACCAAAUUUCAAAAGGAAGUUUAUACACGAGUCUUAAUGGGGUCCAUUAAUUUGGCAUCUCUGGUUUUUCCUAACUACAUUACAGGACGCCAAGUUGACACGAUGUCUCGUCAGCCUUUAUGGGAAAUGGGAUUGGAUUACAGGCAUGGAACUGGACAUGGAUUGGGAGCUUUUCUAAAUGUUCACGAAGGACCCAUUUUCAUAGGCGUUGCGGGAUCAUUGGACGUUAACUUCAAACAUGGGAUGUUUUUAUCAGAUGAACCCGGGUUUUAUAAAGCCAACGACUUUGGUGUUCGUUUAGAGACGAUAGUUAUGGUAAAGAACUUUACGACAAAGUAUAAUUACUCAGAUCAAGAUUACCUAGCAUUCGAAUCAUAUACCUUAGUCCCGUUCGAACCUAAGCUGAUUGAUUACUCAUUACUGAAUUGCAAUCAGGUGAAAUGGAUAGAUGAUUAUAACUCAAACAUAAAAAGAUAUAUAACGCCGAUACUGAUUCAACAAAACGGAAGCCGCGCUCUAAUGUGGAUGAAUAAAAGAAUAAUUCCCCUUGAAGAUAUUCGGAUUAAAAAAGGUUGCCCCGAUUAAUUAAUUUUGAAUGGAAAAAUAUGCUCCACAUAAAAAAUGAUAUCCUAAUUUUAUUUAUUGUGAUUCCAUAUUCAUUUACUACCACAUG